AUGUUUCACGAGGUCCUAAGGGAUUUUAUUGAUGUCCCAAUUAAUUCACUUGAACAACUAAAAAGUUGGACACCUCCCCUUCAUGCUGAUGAGACGAUCUACCAAUCCACGUUCUAUAGAGGCCUCGAUCUUCCAAAAGUUAUGUUUUGCCACGACAUGGCUGGGGGUUAUUUGGAAUUUGACAGAACCAUCAAACCAACCGCCGAAUUUCCAUCGUUUAGAUAUGUUCAUUGGCAUCUUAUUGACGUUUUUGUCUACUUCAGCCAUCAGAACAUAACUAUUCCACCAAUUGGUUGGAUUAAUGUAGCCCACAGGUAUCGACUUGUAUUCAUUAUCGGUGCAACGCUUUCGGUAAUCAUAAACAUCGGUAACCAUGCGGCAAUGACAAUUGCAACGGCUGGCUUAUUUGAGGGAUGGCUUAUAAACAUGGAAAUUGAAUUUCCAAAGGUAUAUUUAAUUGUCUUCAGUACAAUCAGUCACAUCUCAUAUAUUUUGUCCCCUAUAGUUUUGUCAUAUACACUUGCUGUAAACUAA